GUUACCAGACAUAACGAAACAAUAACAGUUGGUGGUUACUUUGUAUCCAAAACCUUGAAAGGCAAGUUGAGUCUUUAGCGCUUUUUAGCGCAGCAAGCUCUCGAGUGUAGGCUAAAUCGGAGGUUUCAUAAGAGGAGCUCAACGCGCUCCACUUUUAAUCAGUUAAGGAGCCUUUAGUGUUCAAUCCUGUUUUUGUUUUUUUCUUCCCUACAGUAGCGGCGCAGGAGUGGCCAAAGCCAAAAGCAGCGAUUCAGAUCAGAUUUCACCUAAAACCAGCUGGGAGAGACACAGACAGACAGAGAGAGAGAGAGAGAGAGAGAGAGAGAGAGAGAGAGAGAGAGAGAGAGAGAGAGAGAGAGAGAGAGAGAGAGAGGGUUUGUCAGUCUCCCUCCUCCCAAAUCCAGAACAGCUUACCAAGGAAAAAGGAGGAGUGUCGGGGCUGAGAGAGACGCAGAGGAAUUUCCGAGGAUAUUUUCUCUUCUUUCCCCCCCUCUUGAUAUUAAAAAAUUAAAAAGUUGGAGGCGAGGCAGCAGGGACCGUGGUCAAGGAUGGACGAGCAGCCUCGGUUGAUGCACUCCCACGGGGUAGGCAUGGCCGGACACCCUGGCCUGGCGCAGCAUAUGCAGGAUGGCACGGCGGGGACGGACGGAGAGGGAAGAAAGCAGGACAUCGGAGACAUAUUACAGCAAAUAAUGACCAUCACAGACCAAAGCUUAGACGAAGCACAGGCGAGGAAACAUGCACUGAACUGCCACAGAAUGAAACCUGCUCUCUUCAACGUCUUGUGUGAAAUAAAGGAGAAAACAGUGCUCAGUAUCCGUGGCGCCCAGGAGGAAGAGCCCCCAGAUCCUCAGCUGAUGCGACUGGACAACAUGCUGCUGGCGGAGGGCGUGGCCGGGCCGGAAAAAGGUGGCGGGUCGGCAGCUGCUGCAGCCGCUGCAGCCGCCACUGGCGGCAUCGGUGCCGACAACUCAGCAGAACACUCCGACUACCGUGCCAAGCUGUCUCAGAUCCGACAAAUUUACCACACAGAGCUGGAGAAAUAUGAACAGUUGGACAUCGUCCCGACUGGUGGUGGAUAUGGACAGAGGCAAAACUUUAAAAAAAAUGCGUGCAAUGAGUUCACCACCCAUGUGAUGAACCUGCUGAGGGAGCAGUCUCGCACACGACCCAUCUCGCCCAAAGAGAUCGAGCGCAUGGUCAGCAUCAUCCACCGCAAGUUCAGCUCCAUCCAGAUGCAGCUGAAACAGAGCACCUGCGAGGCCGUCAUGAUCCUGCGCUCACGCUUCCUUGAUGCCAGACGAAAGAGGAGGAACUUCAACAAACAGGCGACAGAGAUCCUAAACGAGUACUUUUACUCCCACCUCAGUAACCCCUAUCCCAGCGAGGAGGCCAAAGAAGAGCUGGCCAAGAAAUGCAGCAUCACAGUCUCACAGGUAUCAAACUGGUUUGGGAACAAGAGAAUCCGAUACAAGAAAAACAUUGGCAAGUUCCAAGAAGAGGCCAACAUGUACGCAGCACGGACUGCAGUCAGUGCAACCAGUGUGUCUGCUCACGGCAGCCAGGCAAACUCCCCAUCAACUCCCAAUUCAGCAGGUGGAUACCCUUCGCCAUGUUAUCAGCCAGACCGGAGGAUACAGUGACAGCCUCGCAGCCAGCCAGAUGUACAGUCCACAGGGCAUCAACACAAAUGGUGGCUGGCAAGAUGCUCCGACUCCUUCGUCAGUGACAUCGCCCACAGAAGGACCCGGAAGCGUUCAUUCGGAUACUUCCAACUGAAUAUAUCCAUCUCUACACCUCAUCUACAAAGAACAUGGACUGACCUUGCUAUUCACAGUAUUAAACAAAGGAAUUCACUGCCCCACAGUUUGGAGAGGUACUGUGAAAUCCUAACCAGAAAAAAAAAAAGUUAUAUUUCCUCUGCUUAUAACGUUGGACAUUUGGGAUACAAACAAAAAGUUUCACAAUAAAAAUCGAAACAAUACUGCAAUCAAUGAAGACGUUUGUACAGAUUUCACAUUAUAUUCAGAGGGCUGGGGUUGCUUAUUUACUCGUAAUGUUUUCACUCAUAAUGACGAAAUGAUAUUAUAAAAGUAAAUAAAUCAAAUCAUUGGUUUUAACUGAAAAUACUUCAUUCUACCUCUCAGCCACUAAAAAAAUUAAAAAAAUAUGUCAGUGACCAUUAUUUGUUUUGUAAAAAUGAAACUUGUCUUUGCAAGCAAGAGGCACAUCUUCUUACUUACAUUUUGUUGUCUCUCACCUAUUCUAUGGUACGCCAUUUAGACUUAAAUAUUGCUCAGUUGUUUACAAUGUGUGCUUGAUAAAAGUAUGUUCAUCUUCCCCUCUGUCUCCGACGAGUCAAAAGAGAGUUCUGUCAGGAGAUUUAGGUAACCCUGUGAAGUAUGUUAUCUGUAAAACAAUAAAUAAAUACUUGUCAUCAAAUCGGACAAACUUGACAUCAUUCAUUAAGAUGGAGGAUACAUAAAAACAAAUUAUUUUUCACACUGUUGGUUUUGGUGCUGCAGCAUAUUGGUAGAGUGACAGACACAUAAUUGCAGUGAGAAAAACAGGGAUUUUGCUCUAUGCUGGACAAGGAGAAAAACUUUUUAAUUUACUUGAAUCUUUUGUGAUAUUUCUUAUUGUUUACCACCACUUCUACAGAAGAAAAUUUUCUGACGAUGCUAAAAUGCUGAUGUAACCAAAACAAAACAGUGUGUCAUCAUGGAGUCAGUUAUAAUAUAUUAUUUAUCAAAUAUAUA